GAAAGCACACGCGCCCGCAGCGUUCCCAGCGUCACCAGUACCAAACUAUUGUCAACAACCUUGAUGUCAGAAAGGUAUGGGAUAUCCCGGAGAAUGCUGUUAACGCGUCGCGAUCGGAAACAAAUCCUAGACCAGCCUGAACCGACGCCAUAGCGAAAACGGAAGGAGGCAGAAGUGAAACCUCUCGCUCUGGCGACACUUUCCAGAAGUCGCUCCAAACAGUUGUAGGACUGCGCACUUGCUUCCUGUUGUCAGUGUGACUGUUGAAAUACCAGCGACGAAAUGUAAGAAACACCGCGGAGAGGACACUCAAACCAAAGGGCAGGUGACGACGUGGGACAGGCGGUGAACCACCCGGACCCCCGCGUGUUAGUGUUUGUUUUCUACAUGAGUCUGUUGGCAGGAUGUCGCUGAGUUCAGGCGGUUGGACUCACGCCCCCGGCUACACAGCGGACCACUCCGACGUCCUCCCCGCUCACCAUGGGGCCUCUCAGUCACAACUUGGCUGCCAGACCGUCCUCAUGUCGGUCCGGGUGUCGGUGUGCCAUUCUGGUAUUCGGCCGCUGUGUCUUCCGGGAGCAGGUGAUGAGUCACUCCGCCUGCAGCUUAGCAUGGACCCGGGGAAAUCCGGGGAAUUCCGGCUGUCGCUCCAGGACAGCAGCGGGACUGGCCGGACUGUGACCAUUGCUGAGUUUGAUUUGGGGACAGUAAAUUAUGAGGUGAAGUCACCAAAGUGCCACGAGCUGAGUUUGGCGGCACCUCCACAUGAUCGCAUCACAUUCAACUUCCGCUGUGAGCAGGAGGCCCAGGAGUGGGCCACUGUGGUGAUAUCUUCACUGAAAGAAGCACACAGAGUCGCCCCUCAAGAUAAUGGUCCACAGCGCCCCCUGGAUGGUCCUGAUCUUCAGAGCAGCUUGGCCUUGCAACAAACAGAGGAAACCUGCAUAGAUCUGACCCGAGCCAUAGAAGCAGGUGACAUGCAGUCUGCUUCUGUCUUUGCUGCCACACUCGCUAGACAGCAUGCCGUACUCAAGAUUCAGCCCUCUACCAGAGGCUAUGAAGACACUGAAGUCAACUUGGCUGUUGUAGUUGAGGAUUCUUCUUCAUCCUGUUGCGUCACUGUGAAAGUUUUCCCACACAUGACUACUGCAGCGCUGAAACAGCAGAUGUUUCUUGAGUAUGGCUUUCACCCAUGGGUGCAGCGCUGGGUUAUUGGUCAGUGUCUAUGCACCGAUCAGCGCUCUCUGGCCUCAUAUGGAGUUCAUCAGGACGGUGACACAGCCUUCUUGUACCUCCUGUCGGCCCGCCAUGCUCACUUGACCCUCCAAGUCCUCCAGCAGGACCAGGAGAGUGCUCUACUUCUCAGUCCUCCAGCUCUUUCUCUCCGCACUCCACCCCUCCCUGCUACCUCUGCAAAUGGCCCCUCAUCUCUGGAUCGGAGGCCUCACACCACCCUACCUCCUAGACUCCAUACCAGCAGCAAUACUGGUGGGUCAGACAGAGGAAACAUUGGUGAGAUCAGAGAUCUCAUCAACCUAGAGAUGCCUCAACUGAAUGAAGCACUGAGCCCCAGCUCAGCUUCCACCCAGGGUUGGUCGUGCCCUUCUUGCACUUACAUUAACAAACCAACACGGCCGGGCUGCGAGAUCUGCAGCACAAACCGCCCGGAGACCUACGUCAUCCCCGGGGGGUACCGACCAGAUGCACUGGAACUCAGACGAAUCCAGCAGGAGAAGGAGGCUAUCAGACAGUACCAGCAGGCGAGGGAAGAGGAGCGCAGGGAGAACUUUGCCCGGCUGGUGAUGAUCGACAGCCAGGACUUGCUGCCUAACCCAGAGCCUGUGGACUGUAGGAUCUGCUACGUGGACCUGCAGCCUGGAGAGGGGGUCCUGCUGAGGGAGUGUCUCCACUGCUUCUGCAGAGAGUGCUUACGUUCAGUCAUCAUGCUGAGUGAGGAGCCGGAGGUGUCCUGUCCCUACAGAGAUGACACAUAUUCCUGCGCCUGCUCCCUGCAGGAGAGGGAGAUCAGAGCUUUGGUGCCAGCGGAGGAGUAUGAGCGCUGGCUGCAGAGGGGUCUGUCAGUGGCAGAGUCUCGAUGUGAGGGCAGCUACCACUGCGCCACUCCAGACUGCCUGGGCUGGUGUGUGUACGAGGACACGGUCAAUGUCUUCCACUGCCCUGUCUGCAGGAAGCACAACUGCCUGAUUUGCAAGUCUAUCCAUGAGGGAAUGAACUGUAAGCAGUACCAGGAUGAUCUUGCAGCCCGCGCUAUAAAUGACUCUGCAGCCAGGAGGACGACACAUCUACUCAAGACUCUUGUGCAGUCAGGAGAGGCAAUGCACUGUCCUCAGUGCGGCAUCAUUGUGCAGAAGAGGGAUGGAUGUGAUUGGCUGCGCUGCACCGUCUGUCACACUGAGAUCUGCUGGGUAACUAGAGGACCCCGCUGGGGGCCGAGGGGUCCUGGAGACACCAGUGGAGGAUGUCGCUGCAACGUCAACAAUCAGAAAUGUCAUCCUAAAUGCCAAAACUGCCACUGAGGGUCUCAAGUGUGGUCAGAUUAUAGAAGGGAAUGAAAAACUCAAAUAGAAACUAUUCUCGAAAAUAUGGAAAAUAUGUGAAUAGAGUAUAUUUAAACCAGAACUGAUUAUGUAGGAUUGUUGCAUACAACCCUGAUUCCAAAAAAGUUGAACAGAAUGUGAUAACUUGCUAGUCCCUUUAGACAUAUACUCAAUUGAAAACAGUUAAAAGAUUAUAUAAAAUAUUUUACCUCAUCAACUUCA